AUGAGCUGUCUCAAGUUGAAAACACUGUCCAUGUUAUUGCUCCCUCUCUGCAACGUGCGUGCUGCACUGCUAAUGAAAAAAUAUAUUUUUGUAGACCCUUUUGACUUGAAUAAUUAAAUAAGAUAUUUUUGACUUCUUAUUUUCCUCACUCAAGGACUGUUUACAUUACCAGCAAUCCUACUGCUAGAUUUUAAGUGACAAUCGAGCCUUCAAUUUAAGCAGGUUUAGGAGGACGGUAAACAGGCGUAUAAUGGCGACUGAGAUUGAAGCAUGGAUCACUGGCCCUAAAAACGAUGGUGUGUUCUCACUUGAGCAAGGGAAGGGUGAGGAGGAUGGGCCUUAUGGCAGUGAAGAUCUGAAUGAGUUGGAGGUGAAUGGGAACUGGACUCCUCAGGAGAAGGCGCUGCAUGAGGCCAGACUGAAAGCUAAGGCUAAGCGGCGCCUGCGCAAGUCAUCAUCCCGGGAUUCCAACCGGGAAUCAUUCUCUGAUUCGGUUUCAGGAGAGCUUUCUACCGAUCCACACAGCCCCAAGGGCAAAAACGCUGUAAAUGACAGAAAGUCACGGACUGGAAAAGGUCGGGGACUGCCCAAAAAAGGUGGAGCGGGUGGUAAAGGUGUGUGGGGAGCAGCGGGUAUGGUAUAUGAGGUGGAGGAACCUGAUGCUAAGGACCCCAACUAUGAUGAAUCUUCACAGGGAGACACGGUAUAUGCCACAGUAGUACCAGAGCUGGACGAGAGAGAACUCGAGAAGACCAUCAACCCCAUUGUGCAGGAAUACUUUGAGCAUGGAGACACCAAAGAAGUGGAGAUGCUGCUCAAAGAGCUGAACUUGGGCCAUCACAAAUAUGAGUUCUCCUCUCUGGCUGUGUCUCUUUCUCUGGAAGGCAAGGCCAGCCACAGGGAGCUCACAUCUCGUCUCCUCUCCGACUUGUCUGGAAAGGUGCUCUCUGAGAAGGACAUGUCACGUGCAUUUGACAAAAUGCUUAAAGAGCUGCCAGACCUCAUCCUGGACACACCGGAGGCCCCACAGAUGCUUGGUCAAUUUAUAGCACGAGCCAUUGCUGACCACGCUUUACCCAUGAGUUUCCUUGACUGUUACAAAGGCAAAGUAGAUUGUGACCAUGCCAGAGCUGCACUGGACAGAGCAUCAGUUCUUCUCUCCAUGAAAAGGAAAAUCAUGCGGCUUGAUAAUGUGUGGGGAGUUGGUGGCGGCCAGAGGCCUGUCAAACAUCUCAUCAAAGAGAUGAACCUAUUGCUAAAGGAGUACCUGGUGUCAGGAGAGCUCUCUGAGGCUGAGCACUGUCUGCGAGAUCUAGAAGUGCCACACUUUCAUCAUGAACUGGUCUAUGAGGCUGUGGUUAUGGUACUGGAGUCUACAGGUGACACAGCCUUACAGAUGAUGGUCAAACUUCUCAAGGCAUUCUGGCAAACCGGCCUAAUCACUCUGGACCAAAUGAACAGGGGCUUCCAGCGUGUAUAUGAUGAGCUGCCAGAGAUCAACCUGGAUGUGCCUCAUGCGCACUCCAUUAUGGAAACCUUUGUGGACCUUUGUUACAAAGAGUCAGUGAUCACUAAGCAGCUGAGAGAUUCCUGUCCAACCAGGGGGCGUAAGCGCUUUGUGAGUGAGGGCGACGGAGGGAUCGUGAAAAGCUAGAAGAUUCGGGAGAGCUCCGGCAGGUCCUGAUGAUGAGCAGGCUGGGAUCUCCUGCACUUCCCUGGGAAUCUGUCCUCACUGUCUUCAUUGCUCAUCCUCUGAGUACACAGAAAUAUUCGGCCUCAGAAACGAUAUCAUCUCGUAGAAGAGUGACAACUGAGAAAUGCUGUUUUCUCCUCUGUUACAGGCUUUGUUUCCUUUUGUUUGUGAAUUUAUGUGCGAUUGUAUGCAGUGUAAGCGCUGCAGCGAAAGAAAGAAAGAAGUGGGGAAAUCAGCAGCUUCAGAUGGCCAUGAAAUACAGUUUGGGUUGAGGGAUUAAUGUUGCUUUUUUCAGCUUAAGUUGGUUUUUGUUGUUCACAAGUGUUCACUUGUUAGUGUUCACAGUGGUCUCUCAAUGUUUUGCUUUUUUUUGCAAUGUAAUGCAUAAAAUAUGGAGCACGUAAACUAAUGUAUUAAAUAAAUUGUGCUACUCAAAUGAAGUGUUUAAUCAAACUUUUGGGCCAAAAUACAAUAUUUUAUGAAGCGAUUGGAGUCAUUUCUAUUGGUUUUCAUUUUAUUGCAUGUUUAUCUUCAAAUUUGUCUUAUUACUGCGUAAAGAAACCCACGUUUACAAAUUCACAAGGUUCUGGGACAUUGCUUGGUUAAUUACAUAGUCUUUUUUUUCGGUUAUUCAUGAUUUAUACCUAAUGCAUGAUGAAAACAAAUUUAAUUCUAGUGAGUUUGUGGCUAGUUUUGACAUCAAGCUGUAUGUUUUAGCUGCCAAAGAAUGGAGGAGAGAGCAUCAUCACCUCUCAGUCAGGCUGAUGCCUGUGAGACUACAGUCUCCCAUUUUCAUAGCAGCUCAAAGUUUUGUACCCUCUCUGUUUGAAGGUAAUGUUCAGAACAAUCAUUUUAAUUUUCAGUUAUUUUGUUUAUUUGGACAAUGAAAACUGGUUAAAUUGUGUCAGUGCAGAGUUAACAAUUAUUAAAAAAAAUUUGUGUAUCAUUUUUGAAGUGGUAAACUUUACAGCAAAUUUCCACCAGUUUCAAUCAACACUUGUGGUUUCAAUUAUAUGAUGGGAAGAAAUUACUAAAUUUAACCAAAAGUACUUUUGUACAUGCGAUCAGUCUUUGUAUCUGUUUGUUGAUGGGACACUUUUUCAAAGCAAAAACAUUAUUUUUGUCAACCAGCAUUUCCAGAGUUCCAGCAUUAAAUACAUUUUGACACUAAUUUCAAUAAAAAUUCAUAAUGCUCA